UUUUGUUUUCGUUUGCGUCUGGUCUCGUCUGGUUGUCUGCUUGGGCAAUUCGGCGACUACAGUAUAGAAAACGUGCUGUGCAGUGUUAUUCCAAAAUAGCAAGCAAAGAUGAAAGUCACCCUGGCAAUAGCGACUUUCUGCGUGGUGAUGGCCUGCAGCCAUGCGGCCAGAACCACCACAACCACAGCGACCAAGCCGGGUCGCUUCCUCUCACUGCCCGUGCCCGCCAAGUGCGCUAGCCGUCCCAAGGAGUUCUCCUACCGCGGCAAAAACAUGUUCCUAACCACGAACGUGCCCGCCCUGGCCAACAAGAAGGUCGACUGGCUGGAUGGCCGCAAUCUGUGCCGCGAGUACUGCAUGGACCUGGUCGCCCUGGAGACCCAGGAGAAGAACAACCUCAUCUUCCGCGUCAUCCAGCAGAACGAUGUGCCCUACAUCUGGACGGCCGGCCGUAUCUGUGACUUUGCCGGCUGCGAGAACCGUCCCGAUCUGGAGCCCAAGACCGUCUACGGAUGGUUCUGGUCCGCAACCCGCGAGAAGAUCCAGGCCACCAACCGCAUCCCACAGGGUUGGGGCUACAAUCCCUGGUCGCAGACUGGACACAAGAAGCGCCCGCAGCCGGACAACGCCGAAUACGACAUCAACCAGACCAAGGAGCAGUGCCUGUCCGUGCUGAACAACGUGUACAACGAUGGCAUCGCCUGGCACGACGUGGCCUGCUACCACGAGAAGCCCGUCAUCUGCGAGGACAACGAGGAGCUGCUGCGCUAUGUGGCGGCCACGAAUCCCGGAAUCCGUCUAUAGAGCGGAUAACGCUGGGCGUUCGCUGUUUGCCUAAUUUUAAAGCUACUUAUUAUAAUAUUCCUUAAACGAGUUUUUGUAUAAUUUUUGUUUGUAUGUGUACGACGAAAACGGAAGAAAGCAAGACAAAUAGACUUUAGAAUUUACAAUUUCCGAUCCUACCCCACCACCACAACUUCUACACGCUACUGUCAUCACACCUUAGCACACACUUUCUCUCCUUUCACACUUCGAAACUGCCAAUUUUACGCGUAGAAUUCCAUUCCGUUGUAAUCAAUUGAGGCGUUUUCAGAUCGCACCUUAAAUAUUUAUAAGCAAUCCUAAAUUGCAAGUGUUUCGCUCUGACCCUCUGUCUGUCAUUCAAGCAAGAAGUUCGGAAUCUCUUUAGUAUUUUGUUUGAGACACUCAUGUUUUGUCCACAAAGAGAUUGAAUAAAAUUUUGUAAAGAUCCCAUAAACAACUUGAA